AUUGUGCUUUCUCUCGAAGUCGCCGAUCACUUCAUCAGAUGUGACCCCGUUUGUGUUGAUUUCGGGAUAUGCUUCUAUGGAACAGCGUACCAGGCUUCGUUUAGCGUCAUCAACAAUUCUAAAACCAUGCAGUUUAUGUCUGUCAGGAUCCCAAGUUUGCUGAACUACUACGUUUCUUUGGAUGAAAAUAGUUUGGUUAUCAAAUCUGAAGAAAAGAGGAAAAUUACAAUUAAACUAUUACCUAGUAACGAUCUCAUGUCGGAGAAAUGCAAAUAUUUCGACCAGGACACUUCUAUUCUAUACUUCCCCAUCGAGGUAAGACUCACGGAUAAGAAAUAUGCACCAGUUCCUCCUACAAUCGAACAUUGCUAUGCAAUUGUCAACGACUGCUCAGACCUAACUCUAGAUCCUCAGCGAGAGCAUUACGAGAUGUGCGAUGGACAGAUGGUGUUAGAUGUGGGAGAAAUCUCCGUGAUUGAAGCAGUAACCACUAAAGUCGUACUCAGAAAUUCGUCAUAUUCCAAAAGAUAUUAUGGGUUUUUGGAUUUACCCAGGUAUAUAAGCAUCAUGCCAAACUGCGGCUUCGGAUCUAUCAAUGCCUUCCAAGAAAUCACCUUGGAUGUCUACUUUCAUCCCCAAGUUGACGAUUUCAGAGUAGCAACUUCCAAUCAGGAUAAAUAUCGCCAAAAUAGAAACGUCACAAUACGCGUGGACACUAUAGCAAACCUUGGGAAAUAUCGAAGGAAACCCAACAUGAAUCGUCUGCUGAAACUCAUGAAACGCAUGCUGGAAGAAAUGGCGAUAACGACAAACAUCGACCUUUUAGAGAGCAUUUUCGCUGCGAAGUCCGAUAUAAGAACAGAGUUCGACCUAUGCACGUGUUCGAGUGCUCUACUGUUAAAGUCACCAAGCAAAAAGUUGAGCCUUCAAGAAGAAAACGAAGAAUUGAAUAAAAACGAAGAUGCUGCAGAUUCAGACAUGAAGCAGCAAGAAUCUAUCACGAAGAUAGGCCAUCACCAUAAAAAGAAGAAAAAAAUGAGUACUUCAGAUCUUUCGAAACAACAUAGCGAUGAAGAUACUUUCAGUAUGAAAAAGAGUUCAAGUGCGGAUUCGAGCAUGAAAAGAAAACGGUCUAGGGUGAAGAGCAUAUCAGAGCCCGAAAUAACCCUCACCGUUGAAGACCGACAGCCUUCAUUGUUGGAAAAGAAAGCCAUUCAGCGUCUGUCAACUGGCCACACCCCUGUCGUACCUAUAGUUCCUCUGAUAAACUUAGCUGAAACACUAUCUAGAGAAUUGAGGUUCAAUAUGACGUUCGCCAAACCUCUUUACGAGUUCUCCUUCAACCACCUCGAGUUCCCAGUAACUCCUGGCGGGUCUUACUCGAUGAUGAUGACAGAAUUGAGGCCACUGAAGAAGUCCGAGAAGACUGGCUCGUGUGGUAUUGGUGCGGAAGGGAAAAAACCUAAAUUCAGAUCAACUUUCAGAAUAGCUGGGAGUACUCAAGAAAUGAGAGUAGAACCAAUGUGUGGAGUGUUAGAACAUGGGGAAUCGAUAAAACUUACUGUCGUUGCAACUCCGAAAAUGAGCGAAGACGUUGUAGCUGCUUAUGCUUUGGAACAGAAGAAAAACGCUUUAUAUCAGGAGAAAAUGGAGGAAGAAUUACGCAAAAGAGAGGAUAAUUUGACUCAUAAGAAGGCGAAGAAGUCUAAAACCAAGGUGAGAGGAGCAAAGUCCAAAGCGAAAAAGGAGAAAAGUUCGAUCGACAUAGAGAUGACCAAAGUAACUGAAGAGGAAAUACAAAUUGAGAUAUCGUCCAAAGAUGUGGAGGUAGAAUACCCGGACUUAUAUCCUGCAGAAUUGGCUAUAUGGCGCAGUAUUGAGCCUUACUUUCUAAAAACCAAUUUUGUUUGUCGCAUCGAUUACGAGAUGGAGGAGCCUUGGACUCACGAGCCUGACAUAUUCUCCCUAGCAACAGUGUGCAAAGUUAUUUCCCCAGAUUUCAUUCACGAUCAGAAGGUACAACGUUUGGACUUUGGUCAGGUGCCUAUAGGUGAUUGUAAGAGGAAAAUUGUAACAAUUCAAAAUUUGCGAUAUCACGAUAUAACUGUAACUACCAAUAUUUUAAGACCGGAAGGUGGUUUCUUUUGUCCAUAUUUUGAUUCUGUAAAGUUACCAAGUGAGUGUUUCCUGAAGAUUCCCAUAACCUACACGCCUACAGAUAACGAAUCGGUUUUGGAGUACAUGGAUAUAAAAGCAGAAAGAACUAUAUAUCAGUUCUUACUAUCAGCAGAAGCAGCUACACCAAAUGUUCGAUUAGACCCAUCUUCCAAAGUUUUACGUGUGGUUGUUAAAAGGGGCAAAUAUUUGGAGGUUCCUUUUGAGGUGGUGAACGACUCACUCCAAGCUGUGCAAGUUUCCUUGGAAAAAGUGUGUGAGUUGGAGGGCAGAAUCAUUCAUUUGCCCUCUGAGGGAGAGUCUAAGAGUCGUUCUAACGCCUUCCUGAGGAAAAAGACCAAGAAUAAAAAGGACGAUGGCAAUGAAACGUCUGGUUCAUCACCAAAGAAACAUGUCAGAUCCAGUUUCUCCGAUGAACUGACAGAAGAAGAGAUAUUCUCCAUUGAAAACGAAUUUUCGAUCAAAAAAGGAUCUCCAUAUUUCCAGCUGAUAGAAGAGGACACAUAUUUGACGAUUCCAGAGUCCUCGAAGAAGACUUUCAAAAUUGGUUUCGGACCAACCUCAUCUGAAAGCCCAAGGUCUGAUACGCAUCUCAAGAAGAAAGACCGAAAAAAGACUGCUGUGGAGGUGAACGAGGAAGAUAUUGGAAAGACCUUCGUAGCCAAGUUCAACCUACUGAUUGGUUCUUCCUCUUUUCUGCGUGAUUUCAUCAUACUCGGAGAAAUUAAGUGAACAGAAGGUGAAGCAUGAGAAGCAGAAUGAUAAAACUACUAAAUGUUAUUGUUUACUUUUGUCUAAAUGAAAAUACCUGUGUAACGUC